CUGGCAUAAAUAAAAGCUCCCGUACGAUUCCAGAACGACGCCGAGGCUGUUGAUUUGACGUUUUGGCUGACGUGCGCUCGGAAAGGAUGGACAGUGACACCCCUUUGUCGCCCCUGGGUGCCGUAGAAGAAUGAGGGCGUCUGGAUGAAGGCCAUGGAGCUCAAAGUGUGGGUGGACGGGGUGCAGAGGAUCGUGUGCGGGGUCACGGAGUUCACCACGUGUCAGGAGGUCGUCAUCGCGCUCGCCCAGGCCAUAGGCCGUACAGGGCGCUACACUCUGAUAGAGAAGUGGAGGGACACAGAGAGGCACCUGUCUCCCCAGGAGUUCCCCGUCGUGUCUCUGAAUAAAUGGGGUCAAUACGCCUCUGAUGUUCAGCUCAUCCUCCAGAGGACGGGGCCCUCGAUCAGUGAGAGGCCCACGUCUGACCGCACCAGGGUGCCGGAGAGAGGCUUUUACCGCCAGAGCCUGCCGCCGCUGGCUAAGCUCCGCCCCUUCGCCACAGACCGCUCCCUCAGACGCAAAGAGCCCAAACGGAAGUCCCUCACCUUCAGCGGAGGGGCCCGGGGGCUCAGGGAGAUCUUUGGCAGGAGCAAAGACUCAGAAGCCAAGCAGACGCAGCAGCGCGGGGUGAACCUGAAUUUGAGCCGGGUGCUGGGGGGCAGUGGGGUGUCCUCUGCACCUGUCAGCCCCUGUCGGGAGCUGAGCCGCCUGGUGCAGAGACAGAGGGACCAGCUGGAGGCGCUGGAGAGCCGCCUGGAGGGCUGUGAGGGGGAGCUCCGGGACUGGGAGGAGGCCUUAGGAGAGGGACAGCGGGAGAACCUGGAGGAGGAGCUGUCCCGUCUGGAGCAGCAGCUGAUGAACACCUCCAUGGAGCUGGAGGAGGAGUUUCUCUGGGAACACGAGCUUCAGCUGGAGCAGGAGACGGAGGAGAGGCUCAGACUGCAGCUGACCGAGCUCCAGAGCAGAGUGAGAGACUGUGAGGGCAAACUGAACGAGUACCUCACACACAUACAGUCUCUGGAGACGAGCCUCGAACAGGAGCGACAGCAGCACGAAGCAGAACUCAACCAGAAAGUCAACGAAGAAGAGGCUCAGGUUCAGGUGGAGAAGCUGCGCUCGGAGCUGGAGGUGCAGAGUCAGGCCUCGUCCAGACUGGAGAGCAGCUGCAGAGCCCUGGAGAGCUCCCUCUGCCUGUCCACCAAGAGAAUACAGGAGAAGGAGCAGGAGCUGGAGCAGUUGACCAAAGAGCUGCGUCAGGUGAACCUCCAGCAGUUCAUCCAACAGACGGGGACCAAGGUGACGGUGCUGCCCGCCCAGAGUUCACCAGAGACGGGCAACGACGAGGAGUGUGGCUCUCUGAAGCGCCCGGGCUCGUCUCGUCUCUUACCCACCGACCUGCGCACGCUGCAGAGCCCCAUCUCCUCCGGCUUCAACCCUGAAGGCAUCUACGUCUGA